CACCGCUGCAUAAAGUCGAAUAAGCCUAUUUCCCUAGCUAUCCAAUAGUAAAUGCAGAACUUCACGUCCCUCCCUCGAUUGCUGUCUAGUGUAGAAAGUGGUUCGUUGAGAUAAAGUGGAUCAAGGUGAAAAGGAUGGGACGUUUGGAUGGGAAAGUGAUCGUGCUGUCUGCUGCCGCGCAAGGAAUUGGCAGGGCCUCAGCCAUAGCCUUUGCUAAGGAGGGAGCACAAGUAGUGGCUACCGACAUCAAUGGAGACAAACUGAAAGAACUUGAUGGUGUUUCAGGAAUCAAGACCAAGGUUGUUGAUGUCACAAAGAGGGACCAAGUUGAGGCUCUAGCUAAGGAGCUUGAUCGCGUGGAUGUGCUGUUUAAUGUUGCUGGCUAUGUCCACCAUGGCUCCAUUCUGGACACUGAGGAGAAAGACUGGGACUUUACAAUGAAUGUGAACGUCCGCAGCAUGUUUCUGAUGAUUAAGGCCUUCCUGCCCAAGAUGCUUGCCCAAAAAUCAGGAAAUAUUAUUAACAUGGCAUCAGUAGCCUCCAGUAUCAAAGGUGUGGUGGAUAGAUGUGUCUACAGCACCUCCAAAGCGUCAGUCAUUGGACUUACCAAAUCCGUGGCUGCAGACUUCAUUGACAAAGGCAUCCGCUGUAACUGUGUUUGCCCUGGUACUGUGGACACACCAUCGUUGAGGGACCGAAUCCAAGCGAGACCCAAUCCUGAGCAGGCCCUAAAGGACUUCCUUGCCAGACAAAAGACGGGUAGAAUGUGCACUGCGGAGGAAGUAGCCCACCUCUGUGUAUACUUGGCUUCUGAUGAGUCAGCCUAUGUGACUGGAACUGAACAGAUCAUUGACGGCGGAUGGAGACUUUGAAGACUGCUGGCAUUAUCACACUUUCAUUUUUUUGAGGAAUUAUAAUCAAGAUAUUGAUGAACAUUUUUUGGCAUUUGGCAGAGGAUUAGAAUUAAUGAAUCAGGGGCGGACUUUGUUAUUUAUGACAAUCUAGAGCCCAUUUGCCCUCGUGCUUUUUCCAGUCAUAUGUAUGAAUGUACAUUUAUACUGAGCAAUAAAGAAUAUACCACUCCAAUAUAGCCACCAUAAAUAGAACAAAGUUCACUCAAGGUGAGCCUACACUAACACGUGACCACUCCCUUUUAGCUGUCAUCACUGUGAUUUAUCAAAAACAAAAACUGUGAUUUCUCUGAAAAAUUGUGUCGCCUUACGUAAAAUAAAACUGAAUAGAUGGAAACUGAA